CUAUAAAUUCGAAGCUACUGAGACUGCAAAUACAGAGAAAACCCGAUCGAAGAGUAACAAGGCGAAUAUUUAUUCAGUGAGAGGAGAUCGAAGAGCUGCUAGUCGAUGAUGAGGAAGUGGACGAUCCCUUCCGUGCUGUUCCUCGUGUGCCUCCUCUUUCUGCUUCCGGAUCAAGGUAGGAAGUUGCAUGCAAAUGCAGAAGGUGAUUCAGAUGACCUGGUGAAUCCACCAAAGGUUGAGGACAAGAUUGGUGCUGUUCCAAAUGGUUUAUCCACUGAUUCUGAAGUCGCCAAGAGGGAAGCUGAGUCAAUCUCAAAGAAAUCCCUCCGUAGUAAUGCAGAGAAGUUUGAGUUCCAGGCUGAGGUGUCUCGGCUUAUGGACAUCAUUAUCAACUCACUUUACAGCAAUAAAGAUAUAUUCUUGAGGGAGUUAAUCUCCAAUGCCUCUGAUGCGCUGGAUAAGAUUAGGUUCCUGUCACUCACAGAUAAGGAGAUUUUGGGUGAAGGUGAUGAUGCUAAGCUCGAAAUUCAGAUUAAAUUAGACAAAGCAAACAAGGUUCUAUCCAUUCGUGAUAGAGGUAUAGGUAUGACUAAGGAGGAUUUGAUCAAGAACUUGGGUACCAUAGCUAAGUCUGGAACUUCAGCUUUCGUUGAGAAAAUGCAGGCAAGUGGAGACUUUAAUCUCAUUGGCCAGUUUGGUGUUGGAUUCUACUCAGUCUAUCUUGUUGCUGACUAUGUUGAAGUCAUUAGCAAAAAUAACGAUGAUAUACAGUAUGUUUGGGAAUCAAAGGCUGAUGGCGCAUUUGCAGUUUCUGAGGAUACAUGGAAUGAACCACUUGGGCGUGGAACUGAAAUCAGAUUGCAUCUUAGAGAGGAAGCUGGGGAAUAUUUGGAGGAGAGCAAACUGAAGGAAUUGGUGAAGAGAUACUCUGAGUUCAUCAACUUUCCUAUAAACCUCUGGGCAAGCAAAGAGGUUGAUGUGGAGGUUCCUACAGAUGAAGAUGAGUCAAGUGAUGAAGAGGAAACAACUGAAACCUCUGAGGAAGAAAAAGAAGAUGAAGAGAAAGAGGAAGAUGAAGAAGGGGAGAAAAAACCAAAGACAAAGAAAGUGAAGGAAACAACUUAUGAGUGGGAGCUUUUGAAUGACGUGAAAGCUAUAUGGUUACGAAAUCCAAAGGAGGUGACAGAUGAAGAGUACACGAAAUUCUACCAUUCUUUAGCAAAGGACUUCGGCGAUGAGAAACCCAUGGGAUGGAGUCACUUUAAUGCUGAAGGUGAUGUCGAGUUUAAGGCUGUAAUAUUUGUGCCUCCUAAGGCUCCUCAUGAUUUAUACGAAAGCUACUAUAACGCGAACAAAUCAAAUUUGAAGUUGUAUGUCAGACGUGUGUUCAUCUCAGAUGAAUUUGAUGAGCUUUUACCCAAGUACCUAAACUUCUUGAAGGGUCUUGUUGAUUCUGACACCUUACCACUAAAUGUAUCUCGAGAAAUGCUUCAACAACAUAGCAGCUUGAAAACAAUCAAGAAGAAACUCAUUCGAAAGGCCCUUGAUAUGAUUCGCAAGAUUGCUGAGGAGGACCCUGAGGAAUCCAAUGACAAGAAAGAUGUUGAAGAAUUGAGUGAAGAAGAUGAGAAGAAAGGUCAAUAUACAAAGUUCUGGAAUGAGUUUGGAAAAUCCAUUAAACUUGGCAUAAUUGAGGAUGCAGCCAACAGAAACCGCUUGGCGAAACUUCUCAGAUUCGAGAGCACGAGGUCUGGAGGCAAAUUAACUUCCCUAGAUCAGUACAUCUCAAGGAUGAAAUCAGGGCAGAAGGACAUAUUCUACAUUACAGGAACCAGCAAGGAGCAGUUGGAGAAGUCUCCAUUCCUUGAGAGGCUUACCAAGAAAAAUUAUGAGGUUAUUUUCUUCACGGAUCCUGUGGACGAGUACCUGAUGCAAUACUUGAUGGAUUACGAAGACAGGAAAUUCCAGAACGUGUCGAAGGAGGGCCUGAAACUUGGCAAGGACUCAAAAGACAAGGAAUUGAAGGAGUCAUUCAAGGACUUGACCAAAUGGUGGAAGACUACCCUUGCCAGUGAGAAUGUGGAUGAUGUGAAGAUAAGCAACCGUUUGGCUGACACCCCUUGUGUAGUUGUGACGUCAAAGUUUGGCUGGAGUGCUAAUAUGGAAAGGAUCAUGCAAUCGCAAACUUUAUCAGAUGCCAACAAGCAAGCAUACAUGAAAGGCAAGAGGGUGCUUGAAAUCAAUCCAAGGCAUCCAAUUAUCAAGGAGCUCCGGGAAAGAGUAGUAAAGGAUGCUGAGGACUCGAGCGUGAAGCAAACAGCGCAACUCAUCUACCAAACAGCGCUGAUGGAAAGUGGCUUCACCCUAAAUGAUCCCAAGGACUUUGCCUCCCGUAUCUAUGACUCGGUUAAGAGUAGCCUAAGCAUAAGCCCUGACGCAGCAGUUGAGGAGGAAGAUUAUUCAGAAGAAGUCGAGAUUGAGUCAGAGAAGAAGGACGAAACAUCUAGUUCCAAGCCUGAAGCUGAUGAAGACACAGAAGAACCCUCUGAUUUCAAGGAUGAGCUGUAGUAGAUUAUUCAAAUCAACGGGUAACUUUUUCUUGCAUCAAGGAGUAUUUUUCUUGUUUCUAGUCUUUUGGAGAGACAAUUAGAACUACUGAAGAAGAUUCGCCCGAGUGCUGAAUCAUAGAAAACUGUAACAUAACCACUAGAAAUUUUGCCUCUCUGCAUUUUGUUUUACUAGAAGUUCAGUGGACCUGUGUUUAUGUUACUUACGCAAAGCAUUGCUGUUUCUAUCUCAUCUUUUGCAACCCUCA